AUGGGCGAUAAGGUACCAGCACCAGACACAUCGAGAAGCGAUGACGAACAGUUCGAAGAUGCACAACAAGGCAAGGAAGAUUUUAACGAACGAACGGUCGAUGAAGUUAUCGAAAAGGUGACCGGAUUGUCCACACGGAAACCACCCGAUACAGAUGCGGACGAGUUUGUCGACUGUGUUACCCAUCCCGGGACGGAAGAAACGAAAGGUACGACAGAAACGAAAGAAUCAGUCCCGCAGCGUGAAUGUGACAGUGCGGUGGAACCGUUCGAGGAUGAUGAUCUAGUAGAUGAAGACUCGCAGCGGGAUUAUGAGUGUGGUUUAUCCGAGGAGGAAAAGGACGAAAACAAAACCAAAGCGGAUGAGCUGAAGCAGCAGGGAAACGAGCUGUUUAAACAGGGCGAACAUUUGCAGUCGCUGGAUCUGUACACGCGGGCACUUCGAUUGUGUCCGCUGGAUCGUACAGAAACUCGGGCCAUACUUUACGCGAAUCGGGCCGCAGCCAAAACGAAGCUUGAUCGCAAAAAGUCCGCUCUGGAUGACUGCACCAAAGCGCUAGAAUACAAUCCAAAUUAUGUAAAAGCAUUGCUUAGACGGGCGAAUUUAUACGAAGAGACUGACAAGUUGGACGAAAGUUUAGAGGACUAUCGAAAGGUCCUGGAGCUGGAACCGAGCAAUAGUGAGGCACAGGCCGCCCAAACGCGAUUGCCUCCGAAAAUAUCGGAACGGAACGAACGACUAAAGGAAGAAAUGAUGGGCAAACUAAAGGACCUGGGCAACAUGAUUCUGCGACCAUUCGGUCUAUCGACGCAAAACUUUGAAAUGAAGCAAGAUCCACAAACGGGUUCGUACUCGAUAAACUUUAACCAGGGCGCCAAACAAUAA